UCUAAUAGACAACUUAUAUGCAGGUUUGGAGUCCACACUUAUCAUCCAAAUGGGUUUUGAUAGCCCAUUUAGGUUAUACAUGUUUAUUAUCCCAACUUGAAUAUAAAAUUACAGGGCAAAAUAAGAUUUUUUUUAAUUUGCAAAAUAUAUUGUGUUAAUCUGCAAAUAAACAAAUAAAAUGUGACAAUCAACUUUUGGUGAACAAGUUUUCUGUAGCCCAACUGCUUGGGAGAUUGAUCCCUAAGGAUAGAUAAAAACUUCCUGGAAAUCUAUUUUAUAUAUAAACUGUAGGUUUACAACUUCCUAACCAAAAGUUGCUGUACCCAUAUUUAAUGUAUAUUCAUCAGAUUUAUAACAAAAAUUAGUCAAUAUUUUUUUCCAAUUUUGCACAGUAAAUUUCAGUAGAAAUAGUCAGUAAUGUCAAAAUCUCAUUUGAAUGGAAUUGAUGCUUUUUACAACCAAGGAAGUCCUCUUUUACCUCUGAGAAAAUAUUAAGUUCAUGGAGAGAUAAAAGCAUGUCUACAUAAAGUUAAAAAAAAUCAGCAUUGUUUUUUCUCAUUUAAAUCAUAUUGUCCUAAUCACUGAGAAGUACUGGGGAAAAAAACCUUCCACCUAAAAUUUGUGGCAUUUAUACAAGUUGAACCAUUCGAUAAUGAUCAAACGAAGAUCUAAUCUGCUCCACUUACAUGCUUGCCUGAUCAUCAGAGACUCACUACUGCUAUCUACAACAGCUGGCUGGCUAAUCUAGCUUUAAUCUGGUGAUAUAAUAAGUAUAUCUAUCUGUAAAUCCCUGUCUUUUACUGGGACAUCAAUGUGUCUAGGCAUAUAUUUUCCUAUGCAUAUUUUGUGACGAUUUUUAAAAUCUCCGAUUGCAGUAGUUACAAAGAUUCAGUGAACCAAUGAGAGAUCCUAGCUGAUUGACACAGGGGUCAGGCAGGCUUUGAUAUGAUAUUCCAAACGGCUCAGCAAAUAAACAAAUUAUCAUUCCUGUGACCUUCCCCAUAGUGUACCCCAACACAGGGUUCCACUGUGUUUAUGUUUCCCCCUUUGUGGGGCCUCUCACUGACUCCAUCAAGGGAAGAUUAAAAACUUAUCAGAUGCUGAGAAGUUUCGACAGGCUGGGAUCUAUACCAUGCUCUAUUGUGGAUUUCCUUCUGCUGCUUUCUUAACGCCAAUAAACUGAUUUGUGCACUGACUGCAGAAAAUCACCCACUUUAAACCAUGUGAUAGCGAGUUCACAUAGACACCAUGCAACUGCACAUUACUGGUCUAUAUGCAAGGAAUAUUCAGGAAGUGUAUAGAUUUCAGAAAAAACAAUGACCCCUUCACGCUAUACUGACCAUCAAUCAACACACUGUCAAGCAGAUUUUUGUUUCUUUUAAUAUCAAAAAUGAAACCAAGGACUACUACAUUGUGGAUAAAACAAGUGAUUUAUUAAUGAAUCUAAAGGAUGUGGCAAGCUUCUAAAAUAUGUACAUGUACUACUUUUCUUCAGCAUUGUUUAAAUUUUCUAUGGAUAUUUAACUAAGGAAAUGAAAUAAGGACACUAAAAUGAAGAUUCGAGGAAGUACCCUGCGAUUCACAAUUCCCAUGAUUCUUCUUUUCUACACCGGGGUCAUGGUCAUAAUUCAACUUGGGAUUCCCAAUACCCAGGAUCUUACGGAAGAAGUCAUCGGGCCACCCAAUGAUCCAGGGUUGGAUGGAAUUCUUGGGCAAAAAUGGAUACUCCACAUUCAAAAUGAGGCUCCCAAUUUAAAACCACUUCAAGAUCAUGGUAAACUUCAAGUUGAGUCUCCAGUGCAGAAAAAGUCAGCCUUCAAAAAACUGGCAAACUCAGUGUAUGUGUACUCGGCCUAUCUGGAAAACAGGCAGCCGGACAAACCCAAAGUUAAGAUGAUAGUGCUGAGGAAAAGCAAGGAAGAGGCUGAAAUUCACUGCCACUUCAGAAUCCGAGGAAGACUCUUUCGGAAUGUCACAGCUUCAUUCAGAGAAAUGAGCGAGAAUCAUGGUAGACAGUUUGGAGGAUGGAUUUAUGAGUGUAACAUUCCUAUCUCAGUUCUGGCUGAACACAAAAAACACAAAACAGAACUCUCCUAUAUGCCACUCUCGUGCAAUAGUGGACCAUUGGUAAAAGUGAAAGUGGGGCCUAUGACACAAUCUAAGCCUUCACGUAAACAAGGUCUGGGUCUGUGUGUACCACCUUUAUUUGGGGAACUUUCCAUCUCGGCCACCAUUCAGUUCAUCGAGUUGUGGAAGAUCUUAGGUGCUUCUCAUUUUACGUUUUAUCUCCACGACGUUUCUUCCUCAAUAAGUCGCCUGUUAAACUUUUAUCAUUCGAGAGGGGAGGUGACUCUGUUGAAUUGGCGACUUCCCGAUCACAUACAAAACACGGAGAUCUGGUACCAUGGCCAGCUACUGGCCAUUCAGGACUGUCUCUACAGGAACAUGUCGCAAUUCCGCUACCUCAGUUUCGUGGACCUUGAUGAAUUCAUCAUUCCGACCAUUAACUUCACGCUUCUCAACAUGAUCCAAGAACUCGAAUCCUCUGGCAUCUACAGCGACUCUCUCAACACCGGGCUCUCAUUCAAAAGUACAUUUUUUGCUCCUAAUCAAAUUCUAGACACUGAACAAUAUCUGACCUAUCUCCAACUUCUUGUGCGGACAGAUUCUUUCAGUUCCAAGAGAACCAAGCUGAUCGUCCAGCCACUCAAAGUGGAAGAGAUGGGAGUCCACCAUGUCAGUCGACAUGUGGAAAAAUCCACAUCUGUUGUGAACGUUGCCACGGACAUUGCCAAAAUCCAUCAUUAUAGAACAUGUGCCAAAAAUUUUGAUUCAGACGCUCGAUGUGUUCCGGAGGUCAGGGAUGAUACUAUACUCAAAUACGCAGACAAGUUGGUGGCCAAUUACAAAAAUAUCAUCAAGAAGUCCCUACAAUUAUUCAUGCCCAAAGACUGAUCAUUAUUUGCCUAUACAGUUGAAUUUCUAAUCAUUUCUUUGAAAAAGCUCAAAACAAACAACAAUUAGUUUGUAUGGGAGACAUAUACUAGUAUUCUGUGAAUGCAAAUGAAUUUAUAUUUUCUUGUGCCAAAUACUUCUCCGAAUAAGAAAGCUCAUAACUCUCAUAUAAACGAUUUAAUGUUUGACAUAUGUUGCAUCAUAGUGAUGUUUAUAUUAUGUAAUAAAAGAUUUCUGAUUUAGCUUA